AAUUAUAGAAAGUUACAUUUAAAAUUUAAAAUUAAAUAUAUGUUUAGGUUGUAUUAAAAAUAAAAUUUUAUCAAACAUGUUAGUAAAAAAAGUAAAACUUUUACAACUGUUUACUUAUGAAGUAUUAAUUAAUGUAUUUAAAAAUCGGAACGCUAAUUUUUUUUUCUCUGUUAAUGGUCGACCAAAUAUUACCACAAUAUCUAAAGUUGAAUUAAAGAAAAUAUUAUGUUUUACUAUGCCUUUUUUUGGUUACACUGCUACUCAAGAAAAUACUCAAUCUAAUAUUGAUAAAAAACCUAAUAUUAAAGAUAAGCUUGCAGAAGCUGAUAGAUUAUUUUUAGAAGACAAGUAUGAAGAUGUUGUUAAUAUACUAGAAGAGUAUAAAAACUUAAAUGACGAACAAGUUCUUUGGCGCAUUGGUAGAGCUUAUUAUAAUAUGAGUCGAUGCGAAAAAAAUUGUGGAGAUAAACGCAAGAACUUGAUAAUGAAUGCACAUGAAUUAAUAAAAAAGGCUCUUUCCAUUAAUCCAAAUAUUUUUGAAGUUCAAAAGUGGGCAGCUGUUUUGAUUGAUGAAUAUUGUAGUAUUAUUGGAAUUAAAGAAAGGAUAAAAUCUUUGGAGAUAGUAAAAUCUCAUAUGGAGAGAGCUUUAGAACUGAAUCCAAAAGAUCCAACUAUACGAUACAUGAUUGGUUAUUGGUGUUACUCUGUUGCGGAUAUGCCUUGGUAUCAACGUCAAAUUGCAUCCUCUAUAUUUGGGGCCACAUUACCUACAGCUACUUAUGAAGAAGCACUAGAACACUUCAAAAGUGCUGAAACAUUACAACCACUAUUUUAUAGUAAAAAUCUUUUGAUGUUGGGAAAGACUCUUUUGAAGAUGGAAUCCAAAUUUAGUGCUGAGUAUUAUUUAAAAAUGGUGACACAGUAUCCAGCUAAAACAGUUGACGAUCUAGAGGCAAAAAAAGAAGCAGAUAAAAUUCUGAAAUCAUCAUUUGGUUAUUAUUGAAUAGUAAAAUACAAUUUAUUUGUCUCGGAUUUUUAUUAAAUAAGAUUAUAUAUAGUUAAUUAGUUAUGACAAUUUUCAUUCUAGAAAGAAUAAUAAUUUUUAUAAGUAUCUUAUUGCUGAAUAAUUUUAGUUUAUAGUUCAUAUAAUGAUCAAUAUAUCAUUUUUUAUUUAAAUCAAUAAAUUUUGAUAUUAAUUUAGUUAAUUAUAGUAAGACUAGUUAAUUGGUUUAAGAAUAUUACAUAUAAUUCUAAUAUGCAUAUGGUUAUGAUUUUACUGAACACUGGGUUGGCAUAAUCAUAUGUUUUACAUUAUAAUAUUUGGUUUAUAAAUCUAAAAUAAUUGGAAAAGUGACACUCUUUAUUAAAAUAUUUUGCAUUUAUUUUAAUUUGUCAGGUUUAUAAAAAAUAGUUGUUAAUAUUUAUUAUUAUUCUUAUUAUUAUUUUAUAACUGAUUAAACAUUUUUUUUGCCUGUUAACAU